AGGCGCGGACACGUCGAGGGAUCCCGGUCGCUGUGCGCUUCCCGCCUCCUUGUCCCCGAGGCCGCGCCAUGCGGUGAGCUCUCCCGGCCCGACCCAACCCGACGCGACCCGACCGGACGCCCGGACCCUGCGACACCCCGGGAUCCGCCGACACCCCGCCGGGUCUCUGACGCCCCGGACCCACCGCCGCUCAAGAUGCCCAGAGGUGGCGCCCUCCUGCUCGCCUCCCUGCUCCUCGCCGGGACCCUUUCAGCCAUCCCGGGGCUCGGGUCACCGGUGAAGGAAAAGAGGGGCUGGACUCUGAACAGCGCUGGCUACCUUCUUGGUCCACAUGCCAUUGACAACCACAGGUCAUUCCAUGACAAGCAUGGCCUCGCUGGCAAGCGGGAGCUCCCACCUGAAGACGAAGGGAGGCCAGGAAGCUUCGACAGGCCACUGCCGGGGGACGAGAAGGAUGUUGAGCGCAUGAUAAUCGAGUUUCUGACUUUCUUGCAUCUCAGAGAGGCCGGGGCCCUGGAGCACGUGCUCCCCUCAGCCGUUUCCUCAGAAGACACAGAGCAGUCCUGAGGAAGCCCCGGGGAAAUUCGUCACGUCACGUCACGCGGAGACUUUAAGAUGACAACUUACGUGGAGUAAACUAUUCCUGUCCUCACUGCUUUCAUGCUGUGCUCUUAUCAUUUAAGAAUUUCUCCCUUUGGUAAUUAUUUUAUUUUGAGUGGCAAAAUAAAAAAUA